AUGCUGAUUGAAAAGCAGGAAGAAGACCAGGAGGUCGUUCUGGACUUUGCUCUUUCAGAGCAGAUCUUUGCGAAAGCCAAGGUCAAGGAUGUCUCAAGCGUUGGGUUGUGGCUGGGCGCGGAUGUCAUGCUGGAAUACCCUUUGGAGGAAGCCAGGCAGCUGCUGACAACGAACCUAGAGAAUGCCAAGAACAGUCUGAAAGCCAACUCCAAAGACUUGGACAUUAUGAAGGACUUCUCAACCACAACUGAGGUCAGUAUUGCGCGAGUUUACAACUUUGACGUUACCAGGAAACGUGGCACGAAGGAAAAGAAAGCGAUUGGGUAG